AUUAAUUCCCAUCAGCUGUGAAAUCUGUGCUUGUUCCGUCAGUUUGCUUUGUGGCAAUUUAACGGUGGAAUUACGCAUAACAAACACACACACAGAGAUCCCUUCGCCGAAUAACUCUGCGCGUAUGUGUUGCGUGAAGUUUGCUGCGUCUAACAAAAUCUUUGAUUUUUCAUACUUCUAUCGGUGAUAAUAAAUACAGCUGUUAACAACCCAGAGAAUCGCAGGAGCAAAUGAUGGCCAACGAAGUAAGGAUGAUAGUGAAAUGGUGCGGCAAGGAGUACGAAAUAUGCAACAUAACCGAAAACGACACCGUAUCCACUCUCAAGGAUAUCGUCCAUAAGGAAACUGGCGUAAGGCCCGAACGACAGAAGCUUCUCAACCUGAGAUUUAAAGGCAAAGCAGCGCAGGACGAAGACACGAUCGGAAAACUGAGUAUAAAACCGGGCUUCAAACUGAUGCUGAUGGGAUCGAGAGAGGAGGACAUCGCAGAGGCGAGCCAAGCGCCGGAAAACGUGCCGGACGUGGUGAACGACCUGGACAUUGCCGAGGAGGAGGUGAUAAUCGAGAAGGCUGAGGUCUACCUCGCAAAAAUCAACCGCAGGAUACAGGACUACCAGGUAAUAGAGCUGAACCCGCUUCGGGAGGGGAUGAAGCUGCUGGUCUUGGACAUAGACUACACCCUCUUCGACCACAAAUCGCUGGCCGAGAGCGGCCACCUGCUGAUGCGGCCGUAUCUCCACGAGUUCCUUACCAUGGCCUACAAGGACUACGACAUCGUGAUAUGGUCCGCGACGAGCAUGAAGUGGAUAAACGAGAAGAUGCGGAUGCUCGGUGUCUCGUCCCAUCCGAAUUACAAGAUAGCCUUUCACUUGGAUUCGCUGGCGAUGAUAACGGUCCACACGCCGAAGUACAGCGUCGUCGAUGUCAAGCCGCUGGGCGUCAUAUGGGGAAAGUACAAGCAGUUCUCUGCGAAGAACACCAUCAUGUUCGACGACAUAAGGCGGAAUUUCCUCAUGAACCCGCAAUCCGGGCUCAGGAUAAGGCCUUACAAGCAGGCACACUUCAACAGGGACAAAGACCGGGAACUGCUGAAACUCGCCAAGUAUUUGAAGCUCAUUGCCAAAGUCGACGACUUUCAGACCCUGAAUCACAGGAAGUGGGAGGAGUAUGUGUCGAAGAAGAAGAGGAGCGAGAGACGCACCGAAGGAGAUGAGCAGAAACUCUAGUAUUUUUCAAUCGAACUAACCGAAUCUCGUUGUUCCGAUUCUCCUCUUCAGCCAUCGGCGACGACAUAUUUUUCACCCAUGAUGAUUUUGUUCCGUACGAUUAUCGCCUUCUUUAUUUUAUGUUCUACAAGUAUACGGAAUAUACGAAAGCGGACACUGCCUGUUCUACAAGCUAUACCGUACAGCUUUGGUAAUUCUCUGAGAAGAGGAGUAAUUGUGUUUUUUAUACCUGUAAUAGAGACGUCGUCUAUUAAACGAUGUGAUUAUGGUAAGAUUACCUGUACGUAAGAUUAAUUAAAAAUAUGUAUUUUCGA